GAAAUCCGUCUAUAUAAUAAACCGGUAUCCUCUUUUGAAUCAGUAAAGUGAUCCAACUCGUCUCGAAUCAAAUUUCUUCUUUACACUUUCAAAUUCUUCCAAAAAAGAACUCAUCGAAGAUGAAACUGAUCAUAGCUUUCUUCGCCGUUUUGGCUGUCGCUCUCGCUCUUCCGAGACCUCAGGAUGAAGUGGUGCUCGUUAAGGAAACUCCCUCCGACAAUAUCGGUGUUGGUGGUUACAACUAUGGUUAUGAACUUUCAAAUGGUCAACACCAUGAGGAAUCAGCCCAAUUAACGAAUGUUGGCACUGAAAAUGAAGCUCUUGCUGUUAGGGGUAGCUUCGGUUGGGUUGAUCCAGUUACCAAUCAACGAUAUACCGUCAAUUACAUUGCCGAUGAGAAUGGUUUCCAUCCGCAGGGUGAACACCUUCCAUCGGUCUGAUUUUUUUUUUAUUAUAAAUUAACAAAAUAUUUAAAUAAAAUUAUUUUAUAACAAAAUCAAAUGCACACACCUCAUUUUCAUUCUCUUCUUCGUUAUGUCAUAUAUUCUUCGUAAUAACUAAGGUUACUUUCUAAAUAGUAAAUCACUGUCGUAUGAUUUACGAUCGAAGAAAAUUAUGCUUUUGAUUCGAAGGAUUAUAGUCGACCGUGUUGUAUAGGAUGACACAUGUAACGUUCGUACUACUUAAAAGAACUAUCUUCCAACUGCUAAGCUAAGAAUGGUAUUUAAAUGUUAAUUGGUACAUCUUAUUAUUAUCAAUAUAUAUACAGUGAAAUUGACGAAAGUACUCGUAAAAUAUUUUAUGUAUAUUUGUACUUAAAAAAAAAAAAAAAAAGAAAAAAAAAAAAAUGAAGAAACGCAAAAAUGAUUUUUUAAAAGGCCUGAAUAAACUCGUACGGAACAGGAGUUAUAUUGAUCGAUAUUUUCUACGAUGUACGUCAUGUGUUGACAAGUAUGAUAAAUUAUAAAGUAUGAAACUUA